CUUUAGAAAGGUUUUACAAAAAUGAAAAAAUGUUUGCUAAUUUUUUUUCUUAUCCUCCUUUCUUUUGAUUCUGUAAACUCUUAUUUGAUGCCACCUCUUUUCAGAAAAUUCAAUGUUGAAAUAGUAAAUCAACUUAAGUUUCACAAGAAAAUGAAGGUUCAUUGCAAAAGUAAAAGCCACGAUUUUCCGAUCACCUAUCUUAAUAUUGGCGAAAGUUUUCAGUUUAAAUUUACUAUCCUUUCAAAAACUAAGUACUGGUGUAAUUUAUGGCAGGGACCAAAUUACAAACACUAUGUGGUUUUUGAUGCGUUUCGUCCGGACAAAGAUUUUAUUGAUGGUACAUGCACUGGAAUGCACCCUAAUGUUUGUAGAUGGACCGCAAAAGAAGAAGGAGUUUAUGUCCGUAAUAAAAAAUUUGAAGGAGAAUAUUUCAUGUAUAGUUGGGAUGCUCCAACAAAUAUAGGAGAAAUAACUCCAGUUAGUUCAUUUGCGGUUGAAUCUAAGUUUGAUUCAUAGAUCUAUAAAAUUCUAAAAGCUUAUUUAAUUGUGGUAUUCUAAUUUUGUUUGAUUAUAAUGUCAGUUUGGUUUGAUUAUAAUUGUGGUAUGUGUGUCAGUUUGAUUCUAAA